AUGGCCAUCGAACGAGUUUCGUUGCCAGAUAUGGACCGAAGAUAUUUAGUCGAAAUGCUUGUCACACAUGAGGCCAUGACAGAGGAAGAAUCGACGCAAGUAAUAUAUGAAUUGGAGAAUUAUUACACGGGCUUACGUGAAGGGAUCCUCGACUGUGGGCCACCCGCACAAAUUGAUACGGCUUUUCAUUGGCAUAUUCUCAAUACGCGUGCUUACGCAGCUUUUUGCAAAAAUACUUUCAACAAAUUCAUUCACCAUACUCCACACUGGAUCGAUAGUCCUCCAACAAACGCUGAACAAGUGCGCUGUAACAAUCAAGUUUUAUUGUUAAAAGAUCAUGGAGUAGACGUGCGUCGAAAAGAUCUAUGGAAAACAUCCCAGAGAUGUGGUGGCCAUAGAAAAACACAUCCGAAUCUUCACCUUAGACCUCCAGGUACAAUGUGUUAUGUGGCAAAUCCACGAAAACGUUCAAUAUUUGAUUUUGAUGACGAUAAUCUUUAA